CCUGCUGCCAAACAGCAGCUUAAACAUUUCAAUGGGAGAAGAAGAGUGAGAUUUGGGAUCACAGUAAAAUCAGUCGACAGUAGCUGCUUCUCAAAUCUCAACCGAUCCGUUCUGAGAUCGAAAGGAAGCUUCGAUUAUCGUCUUUGAUGGCGAAGGAGCAAAUCUUGAGGCCUUGGUUUCUGGAUCUCGUACCGGCUUUGGUUAUCCUGCUCGCCGCAGCUCAUGUCAUCGCCUUGGGUUACUGGAUUUACAGAUUGGCGACUGAUCGUCGAGCUCAGAGUCAGAGAGGAAAGUUUCACUGAGGAAACCGUCGAGAGUAUCCUUCAGUGGUGUUUCACAAAUAGUCUGCGGGUAAGGCCAAUAUAGAUGUUUCUCCAGUUGUGUUCAUCAAGACAGAGUUGUAGUCUAAUCUCUAUAGUUACUGACAUUUAAGGAUCCCGCUGCAAGAUGUAACCAUGAGUGGAAAACUGUCUUGGAAAACCAUUUUAUAUUUGCUGUGUAGUCAUCAUUUAAAUAACUACGUAUCAAAUCAUGACAGGUUUAGGAGAGCUAAUUAACUUCACACAAAAACCAAACCUUUUCCUUGGUGUGCUUAUAAAUUCAAGUUCAUUAAAUUU